AUGAUGGCUGGCAGCCCCAGCAGUCCGGGCACUGCGGACAGUCGACGGGGAGCCAAUGCGAAGCGGCCAGCUCAGCGGUCCAGCAUUGCGUGCCAGAGCUGCCGCAAGUCAAAAAUCAAGUGCAACAACACAGGUGGCGAUUCGCCGUGCGACACUUGCAUCCGAAAUGGCAAAGAAUGCACCUAUCCAGAAGCGCCGCCGGUGCAGCCUAAGCGCUCAGAGCCCCCCGCCGGUCCAAAGGCGGAGCAGGGCACUGAACGCAAGCGGGUGCGGAGGAUGGAGGAUAUCGUGAAGAUGGAGGGUGCCGUGCCGGCCGCUAUGAUUGCCGAGGAUGUGCUAUCGAUGCCGUAUCUAAACGAGGCUGUUUGGUCACAACUGUUUGACAUAUACCGGCUUCACUUUGCAACCGAGUUGCCUUUCCUGCACUUGGCAACGUUGAAGGAGAAGUUGGGGAGCAGAUUCAGGGCUAAGCCCAGCGAUACAUCCCCAGAAAUCAAUCUUGUGCUGCUAGGCAUUCUGACCUUGACGGCGCGCUUCCACCAGACCUUGGUAUCAUAUGUUACCGUGCCAAAGAAUGCAUCAAGCGCUGCUGCAACACCAAAACCGCAGCCCCCUGGACCUGACCUCAAGGCGUCUGUGGCGUCGGAGUACUAUGCCGAGAUCCUGACUAAAGCUCUCGGCGGGCUGAGGACCAGCAUGACGGUGGCCUCGGUGGAAAGAGUUCAAGCUUUCCUCAUGCUUGGCUUGUACGAAUGGAGCCAAGCGGUCCCGAGAGUUGGCGGCAUGGCUGCGUGGAUGUAUGUCGGUGUGGCUAUCCGCAUGGCCCAGGCCUUGGGUCUCGGCCAUGGCGAUGGGGAACCCGGAAAGAAGUUCAGCAUGCGACCUGCGCUUGCGAGAGGGCCUAGCAUUCCUCACUCACAAAUGAUUAUCGCCAAGGAGAUCCGAAGGAGGACCAUGUUCAGUUGUCUGAUACUGGACCGUCUUUUGGGCUGUGGUAAAGACCGGGUGUCCACGAUUCGAUCUGAGGACCUCCGGAUUCAGCUCCCAUGCGCCGAAAUGUCGUUUGAUCUGUCAGAGGACGUCUUUACGGGAUUCUUGAACCCUGUCCCGGGAAUCGACAAGAAGCGGCCUAUCAGCGACAGUGUCCUGGGGCGUUUUGUACGUCUGGUUGACCUUUGGGGCGAGAUCUCACGGUGGAGCUUUGCGGGUGGUCGCUUCACCGAGACGGAAGCUCCAUGGCACUCGGCAUCGAAGUUUUGCCAGCUGCGCGAGAAACUUGAGGGUUUCUACGCUGAUCUACCUCCCAACUUCCAGUGGUCGGACUCUAACUACUACAAGCACGAGAACCACCAAGCGAGUAGCGUGUAUGUUUCGUUGCAUAUGCUCGGUGCUGUUUGCAGGAUAAUGCUUCACCGGGAGUAUAUCCCGUUUAUCCCCAUCCGCUGUGACAGGCCUGUGGGUCCGCUCGACGAGCCCGUGUUCACUGAGGGUCAGGAGCCGGCCGGCUUCUGGGACACCAGCGCCGAGGAGAUCUUCCGUGCGGCGAGGGACAUUGUUGACUUGGUGGAAAUCUGUGGCGACAAGCUGCCCAUGUCAGCACUGGUUUUGUUUUCUGUCUGGACUGCAGCCUUUGUCGGUAUCUACGCCGUCCAUUUUCCCCACAUGGACACCAAGGGCCACAUGCUCCCCUCCUUUUCAGGUGAUCUUGAAAUCACCAAAAACGGCCCUACUGGGACAACCUUCUCCACCCUCAAGCAGAUGUCCCGGUGGUUGAAGCUGGCCGAGACGUACUGCAACUACUUCCGUGAGAUGGCUUGCUACUACGAAAAGGUCAAGUCAGACUGGGACAAGCACAGCGGUAGGCCGGGCAACAACGAGGGCAAGCUCAUCAGCGUGCGGUUAGGCGGUGGCGGUCUCGAAGAGUGGCAGAAACAGAGUCGAAAGAUCAUCAAUAACGGUGAGAUACUCGGCACGGGCGGCCCAGACGACAAGCAGUCCUCCCGAGACAGCACCGUCGAGCCGAAUUCCCACCAACAGCAACAGCAACAACAACAGCAACAACAACAACAACAACAACAACAACAACACCACGAAGAGAAGCCCUCCCGGUCAACUUCAUUCACCCCGAUCAACUCUUCCAACCACCCACCCCAACCCUACCAUCAUCAGUCGCACGACUCCAACGGCAAAAUGGAAGACAACGCUGACAACUGGCGCUUCCACCCACAUCACCCGCAUCAACCAUCCCCUUCUCAGUCAUCUACCACGAUCCCCUCGCCAGAAAUGCCCAUGGUUUCCUUCCCGACGCUGCCGCUGGGGUACUCGUCGAAUGAGAUUGUGAGCUAUGUGGCCGAGGCGCAGAGCAUGCCCUGGUUUCAUGCUCCCGGGGGGAUCGACCAGUUUGCGCACGGGACAAAGGAGAACGAGACGCUGGAUAACGGGAAUUUGUUUUGGGGGAGUAUACCGGAGGCUAUCUUGAUGGGGGCUGGGCCCGGGGGCCAGGCGCAGAUGGGUGGGGGUUUUGCUUAG